AUGAGCAAUGAUGAUCAGCAACCACACCAGCAUAAGAAGAGAAGAGUAGAUGCUUAUCCGAGCUUUCGAUUGAACCACACAGAGUCAUACCAAGGCAGUUUUCCAGUGUACAAGCAACCACAAGAAAUUACGUCCUAUAGCAUCGACCACGAGAGACGCGUAUGGUUUGACAACCGAGAAAUGAAAUACUACUACCCUCCAACCUCAGAUAAAAAGGACCUGAACGUGGGAUACGAUAAAAUGAUCCAACGAGAUGAGAGCAUUCCCGAGCAUAUCGACACAUUACUGGACGCAUUAACCAACGCUAAUGCGAAACAACCUGACGACAACCAAAUCACUGCUGAUAUUGUAACAUGGCGCGGUAUUAUGACCAAGAUAUUGUGCACUCCCUAUUCGAGAAAAGAACCCUGGGAAUUACGAGCAACAAAGUACAAUGGAACCAUCUACAUGGAAGAGCAAGUAACCGACAAAAAGAAGAAUUCAGAGAAUCAAGCAUCUGAUCGCCAAAAGUUGAUGAGCUAUUGGGGAUACCGAUUUGAAACUUUGUGUACUGUGACCAAACCACCACAUGAAAUGACCAAGAAAGACCCCGAGCUGCAAGAAAGACUAACAGCAAGCGCCAAUACAAACAUACAGUAUUGCAUACUAGCAAAGACGAAACUGGGAAGCAACUCUAUAAUUAUGGGAGCGGAAGUGGAUUGCUGCAGAGAUGUAAAACCAAAAGAUCCGUUACAGCAGCCUAGUAAUUACAUAGAGUUAAAGACAUCUAGGGUGAUUGAAUCAGAAAGGAAUCAAUAUUCUUUUGAUAGGUAUAAGCUAUUGAAGUUUUGGGCCCAAUCCUUCUUGAUAGGAGUCCCCAGAGUCAUUUGUGGGUUUAGAGAUGAUCAAGGCAUUGUAUUGGAUGUGGUGCAAUUCAAGACAUUGGAGAUACCUCGACAAGUGAGAGAGAAACGAAAUACUUGGAAUCCAUCUGUUUGUUUGAAUUUUGCUAAUCAAGUCUUGGACUGGAUCCGAUCUGUCAUCACACAAGACGACCCUACUGUGACCUAUGCCAUACGAUUUGAUUACCCGUUCCAAGAGAUCACUGUCGAGUGCACUGGCCAUUCGCAUGUUUUUCUAACUCAACGCUUUCUAGACGGCACUAUCCAGCAUGACAUUGGAGGACCACGGGCAUCUGGUGUUUCGGAAUCAUAA